UGCCUUUUUUCCCCCCACCUCCUCUUUCUUUGUUUGUUUUUUUUUUUUUUCCUCUUCCCCAGAAGGAAAGAAAACCCUACCAAAAUUCUCAGAUGGCUUAGAAAAAUUAAUAAUAAUCUGUGAAAAUAUGAAGUCGACCGGUUUUUGAUUUUUUUUUUUGAUUUUUUUUUUUUUUUUGCUUCCCCCCCACGCCUUCCCUCUCCUCCAGCUCCCCAGCCUACUGCUGAGAUUGAGAUAAAAAGGACCCCUUUCCAGGAGGACAAGGAGAACAGACACGUUUCUGGUGGUGUAGAAGGGACCGAUGGCAAUGCUUCAGAGUGUAGCGGAGACGCGGGAAAGAGAUUCAACCUGUUAACAAAAAAUUAAGCAGGGGGAAAAUACCAACGGGAAGGAAAGCUAUAUAUAUAUACAAUUUAGAAGUAUUCCCCAGGUGGCCACAAAGCAUGGGCUGUGCUCCAAGCAUCCACAUCUCUGACAGCAGAGUGGUCUAUCACAGUAGCAAAGAGUCUGAGGAGUGCAAUUCCCCUCACCAGACCAACACAACCAUGUCUCAACAGCAGCAAGGCAACCCCGUCCCAGGAUUAUUCAUUAAAUCCUCCAACACAUCCACUUAUAAGGUGAGGACUAAUUCCUCUAAGAAAGACAAGAGGGAGAACAGCCAGAGCAUGGAGGCAGAGACCCAGACCAGCAGAUCCAGUGUUAAGGCACCAGUAACAGAUGUGCAGUUUGGCCCUAUGAGACUUCAUCAAGAUCAACUUCAGGUACUUUUAGUGUUUGCCAAAGAAGAUAACCAGAGUAACGGGUUCUGUUGGGCAUGUGAGAAAGCUGGAUUUCGAUGUAAUAUUGCCAGGACACCUGAGUCUGCACUAGAAUGUUUUCUUGAUAAACACCAUGACAUUAUCAUUAUUGACCAUAGACAUUCCAGAUACUUUGAUGCAGAAGCAUUAUGCAGGUCUAUCAGAACAACGAAACCCUCAGAAAAUACAGUCAUUAUUGGUGUAGUACGAAGGCACGCUGAUCGUGAAGAGUCAUCAAUAUUGCCCCUGAUCUCUGCUGGCUUCACAAGGAGAUAUGUGGAAAAUUCUAAUAUAAUGGCCUGUUACAAUGAGUUGAUUCAGCUGGAAUUCGGAGAAGUGCGAGCACAAUUCAAACUAAGGGCGUGUAAUUCAUUAUUUACAGCAUUAGAGAAAAGUCAAGAAGCCAUUGAGAUCACAAGUGAAGACCAUGUAAUACAGUACGUCAAUCCUGCUUUUGAAACAGUGAUGGGCUAUCAAAUAGGUGAACUAAUAGGAAAGGAAUUAACAGAAGUGCCUAUAAAUGAAAAAAAAGCUGAUUUCCUAGAUACUAUUAAUUCCUGCAUAAAGAUAGGAAAGGAAUGGCAAGGAAUGUACUAUGCGAAAAAGAAAAAUGGAGAUAACAUACAACAAAAUGUGAAGAUACUACCUGUCGUUGGACAGGGAGGAAAGAUUAGACACUAUGUGUCAAUUAGUAGACUGUGCAAUGACAACAAUAAGGCGGAGAAGACAUGUGAACGUGUCCAGGCUGAAUCUCAGACAGAUAUUCAGACUUGCAGACACAAAGACAGGAGGAAAGGAUCGCUAGAUGUCAGAUCCACAACAUCACGAGGGAGUGAUGGCAGCUCACAAAGGCGGCACUCUUCUAUGGCCAGGAUACAUUCCAUGACGAUUGAAGCACCCAUCACCAAGGUAAUAAACAUCAUCAAUGCUGCACAAGAAAGCAGUCCCAUGCCCGUUGCAGAAGCUUUAGACCGGGUUUUGGAGAUUUUAAGAACCACUGAAUUGUACUCUCCACAACUGGGGACAAAAGAUGAGGAUCCACAUACAAGUGACCUCGUUGGAGGGUUAAUGACAGAUGGUUUACGAAGAUUAUCAGGGAAUGAAUACAUAUUGUCAGCAAAACAAACUCAUCAGGUCGCUGGCAGUUUGAUCUCUCCGAUCUCCCUCAAUGACAUACCCCCACGGAUAACACAGGCAAUGGAAAAUGAAGAACACUGGGAUUUUGAUAUCUUUGAACUUGAGGCUGCCACCCAUAAAAGGCCUUUGGUUUAUCUGGGUCUCAAAAUAUUUGCUCGCUUUGGAAUCUGUGAAUUCUUAAACUGUUCAGAAUCAACUCUGAGGUCGUGGUUACAAGUUAUUGAAGCUAACUACCACUCCUCCAACUCCUACCAUAACUCUACUCAUUCAGCAGAUGUACUACAUGCCACUGCUUAUUUCUUGUCUAAAGAAAGAGUAAAGCAAACUUUGGAUCCGAUUGACGAGGUUGCCGCACUCAUUGCUGCCACAGUCCAUGACGUGGAUCACCCAGGAAGAACAAAUUCUUUCCUGUGCAAUGCUGGCAGUGAGCUAGCGAUUCUCUACAAUGACACGGCAGUGCUGGAGAGCCAUCAUGCUGCCCUGGCUUUCCAGCUCACCACCCGGGAUGACAAAUGCAAUAUAUUUAAAAACAUGGAGAGGAAUGAGUAUCGAACCCUUCGCCAAGCCAUUAUUGACAUGGUCUUAGCAACAGAAAUGACAAAGCACUUUGAGCAUGUCAACAAGUUUGUCAACAGCAUUAAUAAACCCUUGGCAGCGCUAGAAGAAAAUGGGAAUAAUGGUGAUGGAGAUUCAAUCAAAACUGUUCUCACGUCUCCUGAAAACCGUAUCCUUAUCAAACGCAUGUUGAUAAAGUGUGCUGACAUUUCCAAUCCAUGCCGACCCAUAGAGCAGUGUAUAGAGUGGGCUGGGCGCAUCUCUGAGGAGUACUUUGCACAGACUGAUGAAGAAAAGAGGCAAGGUUUACCUGUUGUGAUGCCCGUUUUUGACAGAAAUACUUGCAGCAUCCCCAAAUCCCAAAUAUCAUUCAUCGAUUACUUCAUCACUGAUAUGUUUGAUGCGUGGGAUGCAUUUGCAGACCUGCCAAAUUUGAUGCAGCAUCUGGAUAAUAACUUUAAAUACUGGAAAGGACUAGAUGAAAGGAAGCUGCGGAGCCUUCGACCACCACCAGAAUAGCAAUUAGACCAUGGUGUGUAAUUUACUAACCAGAUGCAUAUUUAUUCAAGCUCACUUUUACUCAUGUGAUUUCAGAUUUGUUUUGGUCUCUUCAGUAUUACAGUAAGGCUAGCCUGUGCGCUUGGGGAACUUUCAAAUUCAAGAGAACAUGAGGUCAGCAGUUGACUUCCACAAACUACCAUGUGUGGACUCCAAUGAAAUAAGCCUAUCAAGUGGAAUUACACUGGAUUGCUGCAGUACUUGUACCGAAGAGGGUUUAUUAGUGAACAUAUUUUUGCGAUAUCUUCAUACCAGUAUGUGAAGCUGGAAGACCUUGAAGAAUCCUCAUAAGAAGGACACUCACUAGAAGAUUUUGCUUAAUCCUCAAUCCUGCAAGUGAAAGAGAAGUAUCUAUUAAUAGAGACUCACAGCGUUUCUGAGAAAGCUACAUGCUUUUUAUAAGCACUUAAGACAGUUAUGUAGAACAAUCAGACAUUUAAAAUGCAACUCUCUAUGAAGGAAUUUUUGAUCUAUGAAAAAUAGAUGUACUCUAUUUUUUCACAUCACAGAAGGUGCAAUCAUUCACUUCUGAGCACUACUGAAAGUGAGUUCUCCUUAAGAAAUUUAGUAGCAAAUGUAAAAAAUAACACAAGAAUUUUUGAGGUUGAUCGUUAGCAUCUAUGAUUAAAAUGAUAUGUUUUAUUUAUUUUGUUAGAUGUUCAAUAUUUUCUAUGAAUUUAUAAAUACUUAAAAGCCAAAGCCAACUUUAGAUGCAUUACAAAUUUACAUGAUUCAUACUCAUUAAUAUACAUUUAAUUGAUGUACAGACCUUUUAUUUUCAUAAUGCAAAUACAAAAUACUAUACAAUGAUACAUUUUUAUUGCACUGUAAGGAUAGAUGUGUAUGUUUAAAUAUUGUCUGAUUUAUGUUAAUUAAAAUAAGUUUUAUUGAAAAGGCCUCACUUGAGAAUAGUAGAAUAAACAAGAAAUGUAUACUGUCUGAGCACCAGAACUGCAGUAGUUCUCCCACAAACCAGUGACGACCACCUGAUCUUCCCUUGGCUACAAAAAUAAUAAUGUGUUAAAUUCAGCAGGUCGCCACGUCUGAUCUGAGGUCGCAGCCUCGAUCACAAGGACUUGGGUCCCCCGAGAGCGCUGCCAGGGAGGGGGACUUCUGUACGCCACAUGUCCCGCGCCCACCGCGGGGCGGGGAUUUGGCGCGGAACUUGUGGAACUUUUUGUUUUCUCCCAUGAAAUUUUAUGACUGAAUUCCCUGUCAAAGUCUGCCUUAUUUUAUAUAGUAUUUCUACAAAGCAUUCCACAGCAUAUACGAAGAGGUAAUACUAAACAUCUAGUGAAUUUCAACAUUUUAUAGCCUAUGUAUUUUCCUCUGCCAUGAAAGAAACAGAACAUAAAACCACCAACAAAAACCUUUAACUCAAGAAGUUUGUAAAGGCUGUGUACCUUCACAAUUUGAAUGAAACCUUCAUAGCAAACACCAGAAAAUAAUAAAAUGUAUAUUUUAAGAAGUGUCAAAGUCCUAGCCAUUUCAUUUGACAUGUAUAUUUACUUUGUAGUUUGCAGACUAACGGAUAUAUGAAAUUCUUUUUAAAAUAACUAAGAUGCUUGCUGUCUGGGGAAGGGAAGAAUUGAGGGGGUUGGACUGGCAUAAGGGUGAUGAAAGGUGGUAUAUGGCUGGCAAGCCCCUGUGUUUGUGGCCUGUCCUUGGCAAGCCCAUCAAACCCUCGCGUGCCCUUGGACAAGUCUCUUCACAGGUAAAGGCAGGUGCCACGCUUAUUCCACUGAUGGACCUGGAGAGUAUGCUGCCAGCCUUCCCGGUAGGCAGAAAGGCACUCCAAAAGCACUGAAAGAAUUGCUGGCUGUUGUCAAUGCAGAGGCAAUUGACUUUCGAGACUUUUUGAACCAUUCCUGAAGAAGCACAAGCAGGGGAGAGGUGGAUGAUGGAGCAGUUCAGGGACUGCAGCAGUAGGAGCCUUAAAGCAGAUCCCUAAGUGCUUUACAAGAAGACCCACACAGCCCUUUCCCAGAGAUACUGGUCAGAGCUCCUGAGAAGCCAGAAAUCUGUCCUCCCUCGCCACUUUGUCCUGACCUCAGUGAGACUCGUGGGAAUGCCGAAUGCCAUCGGCGAGCGCACACGGAGUCCCAGCGCCUGUCCCCAGCGGUGGGUGGUGCCAGCUAUUUCAGACGCUGUUUACCGCCCGUGGGUCCCUUUGUUCCCGGCUCCAGGACUGGGUGAGGAGGGACGCUGGAGUGCUGAUGGAUCAUGAAAGAUGAGAUUGAUGUCACCUUCCAGUUUGGUUGUUGUACUGGUCUGAUCAAUGUGGAAGCGGUGGCCUCCCUUUAAAGGAUUUAUAGAAAGAUAGUUCUGUUGCUGCCUUAGCUGUCCUGUACGAUGCCUGGCGAUGACCACUGAGUCAUAUUGUGCUGAGCAGGCUGCUCCAGCAGAUUUAUCAAGCAGGCAGCAUAAUGAUGGAGCCGUUUGGUACUCGUAGAUUCCCACUCCAAGGACAUCAGAACACCUUGCAUUUGGCUCAGAAAAUCUGUCCCUGCACCACUCCUGUGAGAGGGUUGCGAAGUUCUGGGCACUCCCAGGGUGUUCACCAGUUGAAAAAUAUUUUGGAUUGGGUUCUUGUAUGAUAUGAGGUGAAUAGCUAGCCCCGGUGCCAGGAUACAGGUGUGGUUCAAACACUUGAGGUGAAAGCUGUUGGUGGGGAGUGGUGGGGCUGUUCACAGCAGAACACCUGCUUUCAUCAGAAUCGUUGGGGUCACCAGCAGUCUUUCUGCAUUAAAGGCUUUCUUGGGAGGUUCAGACAUCCUCAUAGCUCUGCUCUGAUAUUCGUGUGUUUUACUCCUUCAGAUAUCUACUUGAAAAGAAGAGCGUGGCUCUUGAUUUUGGUAGAUAAAGGUAAAACAUGUUCCGGUGUGCGGAAUGUAUGCCUGAAUCAAGGCAUACAUUUUUAAGCAAGGGAAAAAAAAAAAGUGUUAAAACAACUUGGGUGGUGCUGUCUCACCACUUCAUUCCCUGGCAGAGGAGCUGUGUGCUUGAGCUGCUCUUCUCUGGUCUGGCCUUGCCCAUGUCGGUGGGGCUCGCCUGCCCACCUCCUGCCCUCUGCAUUGGCAGUGGCUGCUGGUGGAGUCACCUGUUUCUGGUGGACACAAGUUGUGCUCGCUGCAAGACAUAGCAACUGAAAGUCGCUCCUGCCUUACAGAUCUGACAAAGUGACCGUAGCAACCCUCUCUCCCCUGGAAAUCUCUUAAUUCUUGGCAGGUUAAGAAAUGACACUGUGCUUACAUUGCUGAGGGUCGCUAAAUCCAUCUUCAUUUGAGGCUUGCAAAACAAAUGGAUAUCUAAGAAAACAUGGUACUAAUCACUGCCAUAAAGACAUACUUAGCUCUGUUUUUAUCGUUUCUGCAAAGCCUGUUUUAGGGAGGCUAUUUUUAAAGCUAUUUGGGGAAGAACAGACACGCUUUAGGAACAUGCUUCUAUGUCAAAUCCUUUCGGUUUUGCCAGGCUCUGUUUGUUGGGACCCUGAAUAUUGUAGAGGCUGCUGCCUGUUCCUGACAAUCCCCUAGGAUGGAAACUUGAACCAGUGAUUUUUUGUAAUGAAUGUACAAUAAAUCUGUGGAAAAGC